AUGCGUAUGUUCCAACUGAAUAGUCGCCUUGCCUUCAAUGCGAGGGCUUUUCAGCCAGUAUGUGCUUAUAGACGAUUGUAUAAUACGGGCUUGCUGAGAAAGACAUCGACGUUGCCUGAUAAAGUUGGAUUAUGUCUGACAAAAGAGCAAGUUUCAACCGAUAAAGACAGUGAUUUGAUUGAAUCUCGUCGACCUGGAGAUAUCAUUCAAGUUCCUGGAAGUACAUAUGGAGGACAGUACGCUCUCAAGUGGACCCAGAAACCCAAUAAUGUAUUGAUUGUCAAGAAGCCAAAUGAUAUCAAAACGGAAAAGGCGUUUGUGGAAGUAGCAAACUGGCUCCAUCAAUCACAACCAGACAUGAACAUCAUUGUAGAGCCAGAAGUAGCAGAGCAGUUUCAAAAGGAGCUUCCCUUUGUGCAUGUCAUUGAAAAGAGCCACAAAGAAGACUAUACUCGCACAGUGGAUUUCGCAGUUACUUUGGGUGGAGAUGGCACCAUGCUUCAUUUAUCGUCCUUGUUUCCCAAGGCAGCGCCUCCAGUGGUGAGCUUCUCUCUCGGCACACUUUGCUUUUUGAUGUCCUAUAGGUUUGAAAAAUUUCGACAUGUAUUAGAUGACAUGAUUGCUGGCAAGGUGGGGCUUAUGAUGAGAAUGAGAUUGUUCUGUUCGUUGCAUCAACCCAAUGGAAAGAGAAUCGAGGUAGACGGCGUAGAGGUGGAUGACAGACAGGUGAUGAAUGAGGUGACAUUGCACCGUGGCCGAUUCCCUCAUCUGACGACCAUUGAUUGCUUUGUGGAUGAGCAGUAUUUGACGGAAUGUGUAGCAGAUGGUUUGAUUGUGUCUACACCCACUGGAUCCACAGCCUACUCAUUGUCCGCUGGCGGUCCAAUCGUCCAUCCCAGUGUUCAAAGCUUGGUUUUAACACCCAUUUGUCCUCGUUCAUUAUCAUUCAGAACUGUGUUACUACCGCCAAGCUCAAACAUAGAGUUAAAGAUUGGUGACAAGAGCCGUAGUCAAACGGAAGUGUCUAUUGAUGGCCAGGAGAUUUUCAUGUUGCAUAAAGGCGAAUAUGUCAAGGUGAGGAUGUCAAAAUACCCCAUUCCCUGCGUAACACAUAUCAGUGAUGGUGCUGGCUGGGAGAAAGAUAUCAAUGAGCUGCUCAAGUGGAAUCAGACAUUUGGCAGCAACAUUCAGUAG